AUGUGUGAAGAACGAGACUGCAGCGAGCAGCGAGCAGAGAAUGGCAGACGGAGAAAAAACGGGCAGCACAACAAGACGGACGGCCGAUGUAAACAAGACAUGCCACUUCGACCGGAGGCAGCAGGCGGUGGGGAGAUCCGGAACAACGCGGCGCCCGGUCGGGAAUCACGAGACUCUGGGGAACCUCCGCCGUCCGGUAAUGUAUUGUUACUUGUGCGUGUUGACAACGCCCUUGACUCUACUAACGGCUGCUGGAACAAUGCCGAUUCUAACAUUUUUGCAGUCCUGCAGGAUCCGGCGGUAGCCUCGUCGCCGGUCGAGAAGAAAGUCGCAUUCCUUCAGUCGAAGAACUUAACGAAAGAGGAGGUCGAUCUUGCCUUAUCUCGCGCCGGCGAAGACCCUUCGGCGGUAGCAGCAGUGACCGCACCAUCCUCGUCUACUGGUUAUCAAUCUCCUUCACCUCAAUCUGUCUAUCGACCGCCUCCCCCUCCCCAAGGAUAUGGGUAUCCCCCGUAUGGUCAAUGGCAACCACCCCCAGAGCCUCCCAAGAGGGACUGGCGAGACUGGUUUAUCAUGGCGACGGUGAUGGGUGGUGUAGGUUACGGAAUGUACACGGUUGCGAAGCGCUACAUCACGCCGUUGAUCGCGCCGCCAACCCCGCCACAAUUGGAGCAGGACAAGGAAAAUAUCGACGAACAGUUCUCUCGUGCAUUCACUUUGAUUGAACAACUCUCUACCGAUACUGCAGCCCUGAAGACGGCGGAAGAAACUCGCACGGAGCGCCUGGAUACUGCAUUGCGGGAGGUGGAGAACCUUGUGGCAGACCUGAAGACCUCAUCGCGGCGAAGGGAUGACGAAACUCGUCGCAUUAGUGAUGAAGUCAAGUCCUUGAAGGAUGCUAUCCCUAAGGCUAUGGAAGGGGCCCGCGAGGGCAACGAGAAUCGUCUGAAGGAACUGGGUACCGAGGUGAAGAGCUUGAAGGUUCUUUUGGGCAACCGACUUGGCGGUGCUGGAUCUAGUUCUCCUGUCGCCGGAAAGCCUGUCGGCACAUCCUUGCCUACUGCUUCUCGACCCUUGGAGGAAUCGACUCCCACGACCCCUGCUGCCGCCGCUGCCCCUGCCACUGCAAACGGUGCUUCCGCUAUUCCAGUUGCACAGGAACCUCAGCCCUCGACUGGGGCAGCACCAGCGGCCUCGACGCCAAGCACUCCUUCCGCGGGUGGCAACCCCUUGUCCCAGUUCAACCGAUCGGCUUCUAUCCCGGCCUGGCAGAUGGCUGCUGCUAACCGCUCCAAAACUGCAUCCCCCGCAAGCCCUGCCACUCCUGCAACCAAUGCAGGAGAUUCUUCUAGCAGCACGACCGACAUCCCCGCCAUCACCCAAGGUCGACGUCCCCACCCCGAUCUCGUUCUCGAUCGCGCUCGCGCUCACGCUCCCCCGAUCAAUCAGACAACAAACAUCGCUCCGAUAGACAUCGAAGACACCACCACCACCACCGUCACCACGGAGAUAGCCAUAACUAUAGCGACAGCCAUAGCCAUUCUCAUCGGGAUCGCGACCACAGAAGUCAUCGACACAGUCGCCACCAUGGCCACGAGCAUAGCCAUCGCUCGCGACGCUCCGAGCGGCCGUCUUCGUCAUCGCAUGCGCCUGCGCCUGCGCCUCCUGCGCCCGUGA